AUGGAUGACGAAGAUACUGUGCGAAACGUGGUGGAAGAAGAACGCUCCCGCCAGAGUGGACUUGCACCCGUGAUCGACGGCCUUGCCAAAACCAACGAAGUGCUGGAGAUGAUCUUGAAGAUAUGCCUAGGGGAUAUACGAGGAUGUGAGCAUUAUCAAAGCAUCGAACGCGUAUCAGAGCUUGAUGAGCUUACCGCGAUUGACACAUGGGUCGAAAACCUCCUCAAAGAGCGGUCAACACUUGCAACGCUGACAGAUUGGAAACUGCGCGUCAUACAACCCAAUGCUCAGCUACUUGAUGAGGCGUGUCUUUCGAUCAGCAAGGCGCUGUUGAUGCUGAGAAAGGCACAUGCAAGAGGCCUCCAGCUACCAAAGCAUGCUUCUUCUAAGGACUGCUCGGCUGCAGUAGAGAAUCUUCGCUAUAGCGUCAGGCACCAGGCUGUAAAGGCAAUCAAGGAUCAUCUCUCGCCUGCACAUGAUGCUCUCCAAGCGUAG